UUGCUUAAUAAGGCGUGGGAAAAGGCAGCUUCUGCAGAGAAUGCAAUUGCGGGUUUUAAAGCUACAGGUGUCCAUCCCUUCAAUCCAUCUGCAAUUCCCGACUACGCGUUUAGCCAAGAAUUGACAAAGCAAAUGUCUAAAUCUCAAAAUGAGUGUACAGCCACUGUUAUGGUCGAGGAGCAAGAAGAAAAUACUAAUAACGUAGCUUCUGCUAAUGUGGAACCAGUUCCAAAUACUUUCGAAGUGCGACAAGACAUAUCACCUGCAAUCGCUGAGCCAAAUAGCUCUGUUGAGCGAAUAGUUUUAAACGCAAGUCCUGAGAUGAUUACAAGAAGGCCUAAAAAAUUAUUUGCUACUGCUUCAGCAGCAGUAAUUAAAAAAAUGUCAGAACAAUUCCCUCCAAGAAGCGAUUUGCCAGAUCUGACUCCAACACGUAUUUUAAAGCAAUUAUCGCCAGUUCCACAAAAAAUUAUUGAAGUACGCAAACGUGCUAAACAGGUAGGCAUGCUUUUAACCUCAGAGAAUCACAUCAAAACAAGAAAAUUUAAGGAAGCGCUUAAAAAAAUAGGGAACAAAAAAUUCGAAAAAGACGUUAAAAAGGAAAGAAAAAUUGAGAUAAAACCAAUAAAACGAGCACCAAGAAAGAGAAAAUCAUUAAGAAAGUUAUCUGAAAGUAGUGAUGAGGAUGAAGAACUAAUAUUAUGUAAUUCGUCUGAUGAAGAAGAUGGAAACAGAGAAUUGGAUAACUGUGUAGGUUGUUGA